AUGGGUGGAAACAUGCUUCAGGUGCUCCUUAUGGCGCUGGCGUUAUUAGUUUUAACGUUUGCUAUUGGGAGUCUUCCAAUAUACUGGUUUUCGCAGGGAUCAAACUCAACUAUUGAACAAUUUAAUGGGAAAUCAAAACAUGAAAAAUAUAUUAAUGUGUUGUCACAGUUUGGGAUAGGUAUGCUGUUGGGGACCUCAUUCAUGUUGGUGAUUCCUGAAGGUAUUAGCGAAUGUCUGGAACAUGGAGGAAAUGUAGGCUUAAACAUGUUGAUGGGGUUCCUUAUUGUCUAUCUGCUAGACAGAAUAGUACAAUCAAUAAUGAAAAACAGUCAACAUGAGGUAACUUCAGGAAUUGAGAUUAGAGGAAGGGCUGAUAUUAUUUUCGAAUCAUGGAAGGAUCUGAUGAAGAAUCCUAAACAAGUCUGCAAAGCGAUACUUAGAAAUAAUGUUGUCUUUGCAUUAUUUAUUCAUGGUUUAUCAGACGGGGUAGCUUUGGGAACUGCAGUAAAUAAUGAUUCACUUAUGGUAGUAAUGUUAAUAGCAAUUGUAAUUCAUAAAAUCCCUGCUGUACUUUCUUUAUCAAGUUUGAUGAUCUCAAAACAGCAUCUUCCAAAAUGGGAAGCUAUAUCAAACUUGUUUGCAUUUGCAUUAUCCACCCCAUUAGGGUACAUUGCUUUGUCUAUAUUUAAUCUAAAACAUUCGGAGACAAUGAGUUGGUUAAGUGGUAAUUUAUUACUAAUGAGUGGCGGGAGCUUACUAUAUGCUUCAUUCACUGCAUUUGUAGGAGAUUCUGGACACUCGCACGAUUAUGAACGUAUUCCAAUGCAAACAUAUGAUCCUGAAUUUUCUUCUGAGGACAAUCUUGCAACUCCUCGACCAGAGGGCCACGAGGAAUUUGAUAUGGAAUGGGACCCUAGAAGCUAUAAUAUCGUCAAUGAAGAUACCAUCAAUAGUAAUACGAAUAUCGAUGCCGCCCUACCUGAAGGUAAUACGAUACGUAGUGAUAGAGGGAUAAAUGAAACAUACAAAGGCAUUAGUUGGUUAUCUCUGGAUGAAUCUGUAUAUACCCUGAUGGGUGUCAUUCUACCUGUAAUUAUAUCGUAUGUUAUAAGUGAAUGA